GGUGUUAUGUUCGAUUGGUCGAUUGUAGGGAGCACGUUUGCUGUUCAAUAAUUGUCAAUCGAUAUUAAGCCGAAAAUCGCGGUUUUAUUACAUAAUAACUUCAUGAAAUACUGAUUAUCUUUCGAAAACGAUAGAAACGGUAUUACUCGGCAGAAAAGAGAGAUCUCGUCGUUUGAAAUUGAUUUUCCAAGUAACAGGCUUUGAACAUGGCGUUGAGAUCGAUCUGCCGGCUGUCAAUUGAUUCGACCUUCAGCCAUUCGAGCCAUUUGGGAGCCACCGCCCGACCAAGACGUUCAUCUUUUGCAGUGCUCGUACGAAGUUUUGCCGUCGUUGCAGAAAAAAUGGGUUUGCCGCGUGUUUUCUUCGACAUGUCUGCGGAUAAUAAGCCCGUGGGCCGCAUCGUAAUGGAAUUGAGAAGCGAUGUUGUGCCUAAAACAGCAGAGAAUUUCCGAGCACUUUGUACUGGUGAAAAAGGCUUUGGUUAUAAAGGAAGUAGUUUUCAUAGAGUGAUACCAAACUUCAUGUGCCAAGGAGGUGAUUUUACUAACCAUAAUGGUACCGGUGGAAAAUCCAUCUAUGGUACGAAAUUUGAUGAUGAAAACUUCUCAUUGAAACAUACCGAACCUGGUAUUCUUUCCAUGGCAAAUGCUGGUCCAAAUACAAAUGGUAGUCAAUUCUUCAUCACUAGCGCUAAAACAAGUUGGCUUGAUGGCAAACAUGUUGUAUUUGGAAAAGUUGUUGAAGGAAUGGAUGUUGUUAGAAAACGUUGUCGGCUGGUUUGGAUUAGGUUUGGGUUAGACAAACCUAAACCUGGGGAGCGAAGGCUGGAGUGGGUUUUCCCGACUCUGAAGACGCACCCCGGGUCUCGGCCCGGUACAUUGUCAGAUAGGGUCAAAAACUCCGAUGAAGCUGAUGAUUCCCUUAAGUCCUAUCUGGUACUUACCUUUGAAAAAUUCUGGGUACUUGCCUGUGGGCGGGGUUUCUUCGGCGAAGUUGGAGACCUGCUCCGGUCAAAGGAUCCACUCACCUCACCUCCACGUGGGGCUCCCCGGGAUCCUGUUUUGGGCGACCUCGGUCAUCUGAAACAGGAUGCGAAAGAGUGA